CAGAACUCGUGUGCCCCGAAAUAGGGUUUUACUUGCAAACUGAUAUUAAAACAGCUUAACGGAGCUAGGGUUUACUUUACUCUCAAACACUUAAUCUUCAGAAACAGAGAGUCAAGGAGCCAGCAGCCAUGGCAAGAAUCAAGGUUCAUGAGCUGAGGAACAAAUCGAAGACUGAGUUAUUGAGCCAGUUGAAAGAUCUGAAAGCAGAGCUCGCUCUUCUCCGAGUGGCCAAGGUCACUGGUGGUGCACCCAACAAGCUAUCCAAGAUUAAGGUUGUGAGGCUGUCAAUAGCGCAGGUGUUAACAGUUAUUUCACAGAAGCAGAAGGCGGCUCUAAGAGAAGCUUACAAGAACAAGAAGUUGUUGCCUCUUGAUCUCCGUCCUAAGAAGACCAGAGCUAUUCGUAGGCGUCUCACCAAGCAUCAGGCAUCUUUGAAGACAGAACGUGAAAAGAAGAGGGAGAUGUACUUCCCAAUGAGGAAGUAUGCCAUUAAGGUGUAGGAAAGAUUGGAUUAGGGAGGAGAUCUUGAUGUUCAACUUAUCAAAUGUGAUCACUACAAGGAUAUUGUUUAUUAUUUUUGUGCUGUUGAAUUUUAGAUUUUGUUUUUCUUACUCUCAACCUGUUUGCCUAUCAUGGAUUUCAAACUUUAA